AUGUCUAAAAAAUAUGCAAACAUAUCCGACCCAGUAAUAAGCUGCAAAAGGUUAAGCGAAGCAGUUGUGAAGGUAUGCCGGUACCCGAAUGGCAAAAAGAUGGGGCUUUGGAUGCAAUAUAUAACCACCCGGCAACAUCCCAACAGAGUAUUGUUGCAAACAUUACAUAAUACCGACAAUUAUGUCACAAUUAGAGCUGAACGUUAA